UGUUUGGGCAAACAUUAAAUUCCCUCAGCUAUUUCUAGAAUAUUCAACAAUUUCUAGUGCUUUCACAGGGCACAGACAAAUGAAAACCUUUGGCAGCCCCAGCAACUCCAGCACCAUCACUGGCUUCAUCCUCUUGGGCUUCCCCUACCCCAGGGAAGGGCAGAUCCUCCUUUUUGUGCUCUUCUUCAUUGUCUACCUCCUCAUCCUCAUGGGCAACGCUUCCAUCAUCUGUGCUGUGUACUGUGAUCAGAGACUACACACCCCCAUGUACUUCCUACUGGCCAACUUCUCCUUCCUGGAGAUCUGGUAUGUCACUUCCACAGUCCCCAACAUGUUAGCUAACUUCCUCUCUGACACCAAGGUCAUCUCCUUCUCUGGAUGCUUCCUGCAGUUCUAUUUUUUCUUCUCCUUUGGUUCUACAGAAUGCUUUUUCCUGGCAGUCAUGGCAUUUGAUCGAUACCUUGCCAUCUGCAGGCCUCUACAUUACCCUGCUCUCAUGACUGGGAGCCUCUGCAACACCCUUGUGAUCAGUUGCUGGGUGCUUGGUUUCCUCUGGUUCCCUGUACCCAUCAUCAUCAUCUCCCAGAUGUCCUUCUGUGGGUCCAGAAUUAUAGACCACUUCCUGUGUGACCCAGGUCCUCUUUUGGCCCUUGCCUGUUCCAGAGACCCAUUGAUGGAGUUUUUCUGGACAAUUAUAAUGUCUCUGCUCCUGGUUAUUCCUUUCCUCUUCAUCAUGGGAUCUUAUAUAUUGGUCCUGAGAACUGUGUUCAGACUUCCUUCAAGAGAUGGACAAAAAAAGGCCUUCUCUACUUGUGGGUCACAUGUGACUGUGGUUUCUCUUUUCUAUGGCUCAGUGAUGAUAAUGUAUCUGAGCCCAACAUCUGAACAUGAAGCUGGAAUGCAGAAGGUUGUGACUCUGUUUUAUUCUGUGGGUACUCCACUCCUUAAUCCCGUGAUAUACAGUCUGCGAAACAAAGAUAUGAAACAUGCCCUGCAGAAGAUUUUAAGAACAUAAAAAUUUUAAAUUUAAGCAAACAAAUCAUAUUUAAGUAUCUAUAUACAUACAUAUACUUAAAUAUAUUU